GAUAUUAUUAGUGUGCUUCUAGCUGAAAGGUUCGAUAUCAAUAUUAUCACAUUAGGGUAGACACCCCCACCGCGCACAGCUCAUCCAAUGCUUUCCCUACCACCGUCCUUUUCCUGUUUUUCUCCCUCUUCUCCUCCGCCACAACUUGGAAGACUGCACCAGCAACCAUGCUGAGCCAACGCCUGCUGCAUCGCUAUCCGCUCCAUGCGCAACUGCGUGCGCGCCCUCGCGCUCGCCCUGCGACGCCGCUGUCUAUCCUGCUCCAGACUCGCUACAAUUCAGCGCAGGCAGGAGCGGCCAUCGACCUCCGUACGACCGUCCCCGCGCCGCUGGACCUGCCCGCCCAACAGCCCGGACAAGGCGCCGCGAGCCACCUGUACGCGACGGGCAAGGCCUACCUGGCCUUCUACCGCACCGGCCUGCGCCAUGUCUGGCUUAACUACCGUAGUGCACGCGGAAUCCAGCGCUCCCUCCGCGACCAAGGCCUGACCGUCCCGCAGGCCAUCGCCAAAGGCCGUCUGACGCGCACGCAAUUCCAGCUCCUGCACCGCAAUCGCCAUGAUAUCCGGCGCGUGCCCCUUUUCGCCCUCCUCUGUGUGUGCUGCGGCGAGCUGACUCCGCUCGUCGUGUUCCUGCUGGCAAACCAGGUGCCGUGGACAUGCCGGACGCCCUCGCAGGUGAGAAAGUCCCGGCAGCGCCAGGACGCGCUGCGCAUCUCCGGCCAGCAGCAACAGAAUAUCGCGCACAAUGGAAACGGCAGAGAGGCACUGGUGCGUGUCUCAGGCGUGCUGGGCUUGCGUGCUCGCUGGCUGCGGCCCCCAAGGGGCGUGCUGCAACGCCGUCUCGACCGCCACGUGAACUACUUGGAAUGCGACGACAGGCUCAUCUUGUCAUCGCCCGAUAAGGAUGGCCCACGCGGGUGGGCUGUGACGGAGGUGGAAUGGGCGCUGGUGGAUCGAGGGAUCAGUGUUUUGGGGAGGUCGGAGGAGGAGCUGAGGGACGCGCUGGAUAACUGGCUGUUGGAUCGCUCGCAGGCUGACGUGCGGAGUCUGCUGCAGCGCAGGGUAGAGGGCUGUUCAACGGCAUAGAUGGUGGCGUGUUGUGAGAUUGAGAUGGCAGGGGUCGGCAGUAGUGGCAAUCCUGGGCCCUGUUCUUGAGUCGAGCAAUACUAGUGCAUUACCAGCUGUAUCAUCUUCGCCUGCUGUAUUACCGUUACCGUAGAUUGCCCUAGGACAGCG